AAAAUUCGUAGGUAUCUCACCAUUUGCAUCAUUCAGUGCAGCACUAGCUCAGUGAAACAAUCAAAAUGUUCAAGUCAAUCAUCGUCUUCGCUUGCAUGUUGGUGGCAGCUAUCGCUGACCCCAAGCCUGGUGUGCUGUACAGCGCUGCAUACACAGCGCCGGUGACUGCGGCGUACACCGCUCCCGUGGUGUCGGCCGCCUACACCGCGCCCCUCGCCUACUCCGCGUAUUCCGCACCCCUCGCUGCGUACUCCGCCUACCCCUACGCCUCACCAUAUGCCGCCUACUACCUGCGCAAAUAAGCUGUGAAAAAUAAUUACUGUUAACUACAAAAAUAA